AUGGCCGGAGCUUGUUGCAAGUGUUCGGGCUCUCUGUCCGUGUUUAGGCGCUCUCUCUCGGUGGCGCCGCGGUGCUGCGGCUCCGCUCCUCGGUCUCCCUUCCUGCAGCAGGGCUGGAGGCUCGGAGAGCGAGGCCUGCAGGAGGCCGCCCGACCCCGCAGACCCGUGGGCUUCUACCGACAAACAGCCUUCCUUUGUCUCUCCUGCCAGGAGUCCAUGACGGAGAGUCUGCGGACCUGCUACGUCCAUCUGAACCAGACGAGCCGGAGUUUUGCAGCCGUGAUCCAGGCGCUGGACGGAGAGCUGAGACAUGCCGUUUGCAUCUUCUACCUGGUGCUGCGCGCGCUGGACACGGUUGAGGACGACAUGACGAUCCCCCUGGACAAGAAGGUGCCCAUGCUGAAUGAUUUCCACACCUACCUGUUCGAGGAGGAGUGGUGCUUCACUGAGAGCCAGGAGAAGGAUCGGCAGGUUCUCGAGGAUUUCCCCACGAUCUCACUGGAAUUCAGAAACCUCGCUCAAGAAUACAGAGACGUCAUCUCGGAUAUCUGCCACCGUAUGGGGGUCGGCAUGGCUGAGUUCCUGGAGAAGAAGGUGGCAUCCAUGAAUGAGUGGGACCAGUACUGCCACUAUGUCGCUGGUCUGGUCGGCAUCGGCCUGUCGAAGCUCUUCUCUGCCUCCCAGCUGGAGGACCCCGAAGUGGGACAGGACACUGAGCUGGCAAACUCCAUGGGUCUGUUCCUCCAGAAGACCAACAUCAUCCGAGACUAUCUGGAAGACACACAACAAGGUCGUACCUUUUGGCCACAAGAGGCUUGGAGCCAGUUUGCCAGUCAACUUGAGGAUUUUGCUCACCCUGAGAAGCUGGAGUCGGCUCUGUCUUGUCUCAACCUGCUGGUCACCGAUGCUCUGCACCACGUCCCCGACGUCAUCGCCUACCUGUCUCGGCUGCGCAACCAAAGCGUCUUCAAUUUUUGUGCCAUUCCGCAAGUGAUGGCAAUAGCUACACUGUCAAGGUGCUACAACAACCCCAUGGUGUUCCAGGGAGUGGUGAAGAUCAGAAAGGGACAGGCUGUCACUCUCAUGAUGGAAGCCACCAAUAUGAUAGCUGUGCAGACCAUUAUCACCCAGUACAGCCAGGAGAUUCUACAGAAGGUCUCCCUCACAGAUCUGUCGCGGGACAAGACUCUCCACAUCCUGGCUGAAAUCCAGGAGAAGUCCACCCUUCCGCGGUCCAGCUUCUCCAGGACCCACCACUUGUCUCCGAUGUACCUGUCGGCAGCCAUGCUGCUGGCCGCUCUCAGCUGGCAGUACCUCAGCACGACUGCAGCUCAUUCGCAGGGCACAGGGGACAUGCAAUGACAGGGAACCCCUCAGCUUUCAUCAAACCCACGAACUGAAGAAACCCUGUUUCCUGUCUGACUCAUCAAAUCAGAGUCUCUUCCCCUGAUUUUUGUUCCCUCGUGGCUGUUUCAGUGACACUUUGAACUAUGUUUGACAAACGGCUUGUAGCCGCCCGGUCUCAGUAUUUUAUGUGGCGUGGCUUUAGUCCAUCUUGUGUCAAACAGAACAAAUGGAACUGUUUUUAGGAUUUUGGAGACUGCCUCCGAACGUAUUGAAGCUUUUGUUUAAUUUUGCCUCAAACUUUAGUUUUGUAUUUUUCAUGUUGAUUCACUGCUGGAAGAAACACUUGAAGUACAACAAUGAACAAUAGGAUUUUUGCACUGCAUGUGGACGGCCAUCAUGUAGACAGAUUAUUCAUUCAGUUUCAAAAGGACAACUUUGCAGAAGAUUUUUCAAACGUCAGUCGUUUUAUUGAUGGAAUCAAGACAUUUUCAACAUUUGUUAGCUAAGUGUCCUUAACACAGCUUUGGUGAGUAGAAAGGGUAACCUUAGGGUAACAGAGUAACCUUGUGCAGAACCAAAGGAGAGCUACAAACAUUGCUAUGUAAUGUGACUUUAUGAUUUGUACAUAUUUGAACAAAUAAAGGCGUGAAA